UCAAUUUUCAACACAUUUAAAUUCAAUGCGAGCUGGGUUAUGGAGCUCCCCGAGCCCCCGAACGAGUCUGACUGUUGCAAUUCGGGUUGUAACCCUUGCAUUUUGGACGUCUACGAAGCUCAAUUGAAAAAAUAUCAAUUGUGUGGCAGUAGCCCAAAAUCGGAGGCAAUCAACGCGGUUAGUCCCACUUCUUAUACAAUUUUCGCUUUAAUUGAACGUAAACAAGUCAAUAAAAGUGUGUGUUUGUACACGUUUAAGUACGCCGAUUGUAAGGAUAAGAAACCGAAUUGUUUGGGGCACAAACCUGGUCAAUAUUUUUUAUUAAGAGCUAAAGACACCCAAGUCUGUCCUGCUGCUUUCAAAAAAAUAUAA